UCCCUUUUUUGGAGCAUACAAAAUUAUAGAUAAUGUGCGCCUGCUGCCACAGCUGCUUUCCUUCACGCUGUCAGCAGGAAAAGCUGGUGGUGCUCACAGAGCCACGCCUCUGCAUAUCCCGCAAGAAGGAAAAAUGUGACUGUCAUCGGAAUCGCUGCCUGCUGGUGGCACUGGCUUACCUCUUCCGCUGCACCAAUCUCUCCAUGCUUUCCACGCUCUGGCACAUGGCGUACAGGCAGGGCCAACCGCUGAGGGGCUUCACGCGAGAUCCCGCGUGGAGAGUGUUGCAGCGGGUGAAGGCACCGUACACCGAAGUGCAUGAUUUGGAGAUCUACGACAGUUUGUAUGAUCGCUGCGGCAUGGCUAUCGAUCCGUUGGAUCCAUGCAACAUGUUCAAGGUGCUGCGGCUGAUGUUCCUCAGCGCGGCACUAGUGCCGGAACAGCGAUUGUGCCUCAUGCGCAUGCUGGAGCAGCUCAAUGAACUGUCCCUCCGUCGCGUCAACCUGGAACUGCUGCUGCAAACGCUGGCCUCCAUCAACAUCGAAGAGUUCGUCUACAGCCUCGCCCAUCAGGACAACCUAAACGCAUACCAAGCGAAGCUGUCCGAGGAACUGUCGCAGCUCUACGAGCGCGUGGUCACAACCGAUAAAAACGCCAUCAUACGAAAACGCAAUCGUCGCGCCAGGGGGGAUGUCGACGUGAAUGUUGAGCCUGUAAAAACUCCGCUCAAGUCUCGCAACAGCCUAAAGUACUGCAUUCCUAGGUCGCGGGAUGUAGACUCUCCAGGUCCGACUGGCUGCGUGCGGUACGCCCAUGGGGGCAGGGAAAAGCGCAGGAAAAAUAACAGCAGCGGAAUAUUGCAGAGUGACCGCAAGGGCACAGAUCCAUAAUUUUGUACAUCAAAUAAUAAAUCCAGCUAAAAAAGCA